CCCAGAGGCAGAGGAUGAUUCGGAGGUCAGAGAUUCAUGCAGCCAGGAGCAUUUUUCUACCCCAGAGGAGGUUAGCCAGUCACAGCCUGUUGGAUGUUGGCAAAGUGCAAACAGGAGAGGAGGCCCCUGGUAUCACUGAGGACUGCAACAACCAGAUCGCAUGCCCUUCAAACGCCAAGUGUGUGAACAACACCCACUGCACCUGCCUGGAUGGAUUCCAGCCGAGUGGGAAUCGCGUCUUCACCAAUCUUAAGGAAACCUGCAACGAUAUUGAUGAGUGUCUGGGGCUGAUGGUCUGUGGAAACUUCACCAAAUGCCACAAUUUUCCAGGAAGUUACUACUGUUCUUGUAGGGAUGGAUUUGAGUCUGAUCCCGGGAAAGAGAACUUCGUCCCUGCGAGUGAGAACACCUGCCGGGAUGUUAAUGAAUGUCUCAGAUUCCCUGGCACCUGCGGCCCGGGAGCACAGUGUGAGAACACCAACGGGAGUUACCGGUGUGCCUGCCCAGCCGGCCACAUCCCUUCCACUGGGAGCUGGGUCCAGAACCAAACCACAUGUAAAGCCCCCAGCAUUAACUGCAGUUCUGAGUUCGAGGGAAUCAAAGAGACGUGCGGGAAUUUCUCUCUGCCGGGAAAUCGGAGCAGCAGAAGCAGCAGUUUUUGCUCUUUCUUUAAUUCAACCUUAAACGUUUUGAUGUCCACGUGCAGAGAUGGGAAUGCAACAUUAUCACUGGAGAAAUCAAUUCUCCAAUUCAACACCCUCCUGAACAGCACCUCCCUCUGGGAUGGUGGAGACAAGGGGGACGUGGGGUCGGCCGUGACGGUCCUGCUGCAGAGCGUAGAACUGGCCGCACUGGCCACUGCACUCCGGUCUCCAGAGAGGACACAGAACGUGACGACUGAGUCGAUGGCUGUUCAGACGCGGCUCGUCACAGGGAACUGCAGCCGGGACAGUGAGGUCUUCAGCCUGACAGCUCACGAGGAGACGAUGGAUGUGCACUGUGAUACAGUCCCCAGGGCAGCACAAGGUUUGGGGGCUGCUGCUUUUAUUUCCUACUCCACCCUGGACUCCAUCAUCAGUGCGACACUUCUCAGCAAGGGAAAUCUACUGGCUGGUGGGAAGCUGGAGGAGAGUCAUCUCAACUCCAGGGUGGUGAGUGGGGCAGUCGGAGAUGGGAGACCAAUUAACCUCUCCAGACCCGCACACUUCACCCUGCGCCACAGACAGGUCAAAAAAAAGGAGGAAGAGGCUCUCUGCGUCUACUGGAAAGUAGUGGCCGAGAGCGGCAGCUGGUCUCCGGACGGCUGCACAGCCGUGCACACGAACAGCACUCACACCAACUGCAGCUGUGACCAUCUCUCCAGCUUCGCCAUCCUAAUGGCUCCCACCAGAGUGAUGGAGAGUGACCCACUGACCAUCAUCACCUACGUGGGACUGAUCCUCUCCCUGCUGUGCCUCUUCCUCGCCAUCCUCACCUUCCUCCUGUGCCGCUCCAUCCGCAACGUCAGCACCUCCCUCCUCCUGCAGCUCUGCCUCUGCCUCUUCCUGGCUGACCUGCUCUUCCUCACCGCUGUGACCCGCACCCGCAGUCAGGUGGCGUGUGCUGUCAUUGCUGGCCUCCUACACUACCUCUUCCUGGCCUGCUUCUCCUGGAUGUUGCUGGAAGGGCUGCACCUCUUCCUCACCGUCAGGAACCUGAAGGUCGUGAAUUACACCAGCGCCAGCCGGUUCAAGAAGAGAUUCAUGUACCCGUUCGGCUACGGAUUCCCAGCCCUGGUGGUGGCUAUUUCUGCAGCGGUGAAUCCUGACGGCUACGGAACUUCCAAACACUGCUGGCUCAGCCUGGAGAGAGGCUUUCGUUGGAGCUUCCUGGGUCCAGUCUGUGCCAUAAUCCUGAUAAAUAUAACGUUCUUUACCGUGACCCUGUGGAUCCUGAGAAACAAACUCUCCUCUCUCAAUGCAGAUGUGUCCACCGUCAGAGACCACAGGUUACUGACCUUUAAAGCCAUCGCCCAGCUCUUCAUUCUGGGCUGCACAUGGAGCCUUGGUCUCCUCCAAGUCGGCCCAGCAGCCACGGUCAUGGCGUAUUUAUUCACCAUUGUCAACAGCCUGCAGGGAGCCUUCAUCUUCCUGGUGCACUGUCUCCUCAAUCGCCAGGUGAGAGAGGAGUACAGGAGAUGGAUCAAGAGAUUCCGAAUGUUCAGCACAAAGUCUGAGACAUACGAUCUCUCCAUGUCUGCUGUCCCCACCACCAGCACCAAGACGGUAAGAGGCCCUCUGCUCUGUUUCAGUACCCGCCUGUGA